CUCAUCUUCUUUGAGUGGAAGAGUGGCGCUCGUGCGGCUGAGACGGCCGCUAAAAUAUGGAACGUGUUUGGCAAGGAUACCGUCACUGAUCACACUGUUCGCUAUUGUUUCGCUCGCUUCGCUUCUGGAUUUAAGAACCUCGAUGACAAUGACCGCUCAGAAAGGCCUUCUCAUGAUGAUCAGUUGCGAGCCGCCGUGAGGGAGAAGCCGGAUGAAACUACACGUGAAUUGGCAACAUAGUUCCAAUGUAGUAACCACACCAUCAGAAACCACUUCCACGUGCUCGGCUACAGAAGAGUGAUGGCGAGAUGGGUGCCUCAUUCUCUUCUUCUUUAGAUGCAGACACGUGCGAUGAUCUGUCAGUCUCCGCUUCUCACUCAAUAGAGGAAAGACUUUUUGGCGGACAUAGUUACCGGAACCAAGAGCUGGCUACUCUAUAAUAACGCCACCUAUUGUGACGAGAGGCCGCCCGUGCAGCCAAAUCCGGAGCUCCAUAAUAAGAAGUGAUUGCUGUGCUGCGCCUGGGGCUUGCUUCCGCAAGACAGAACAAUCACGGCUUCCACCUUUUCUGAUCAGCUGAACUCGCUCGCUCUUGCAGUCCAAGAAAAGCACCCAAUACACUUCGCGGUCCACCUUCUUCACGACAACGCGCGCCCUCAUGUGGCAAAGGACACCCAGGCCAAGUUGCAGGAGCUCGGCAAUCAUCCACUGUACUCGCCGGACAUUGCACCUUCGGAUUGUCACCUUCGCCCGCUCAAGCUGUUCCUUAGAGAUCAGAAGUUUGCAAAGUUUGAGGACCUCGAAAAGGCAGUGAACGACUUCUUCGACUCGCGCUCGCCCGCGUUCUGGAAGAAGAGGGUCGACGAUCCUCCCAAUAGGUGGCUCACAGUUGUGAAUAGUAAUGAUAAUUAUAUGGUUGAUUGA